GUUCUUGAGUGUGGAGUCUGUGAAGAUGUAUUUUCUUUGCAAGGUGACAAAGUUCCCCGCCUGCUUUUGUGUGGCCAUACUGUCUGCCAUGACUGUCUUACCCGGCUUCCCCUUCAUGGCAGAGCAGUUCGUUGUCCUUUUGAUCGACAAGUUACUGAACUAGGAGAUUCUGGUGUCUGGGGCUUGAAAAAGAAUUUUGCUUUGUUGGAACUCUUGGAGCGGUUGCAGAAUGGACCUGCUGGGCAGUGUGGAACGACAGAAGAAGCCAUUGGUCUGUCUGGAGAGAGUAUCAUUCGUUGCGAUGAAGAUGAAGCCCAUGUUGCAUCUGUAUAUUGCACUGUUUGUGCCACUCACCUGUGUGCAGACUGUUCCCAGCUUACUCACUCUACAAAGACACUAGCGAAACACAGGCGUGUACCUCUUGCUGAUAAGCCUCAUGAGAAGACCAUGUGCUCCCAACAUCAAGUGCAUGCCAUUGAGUUUGUUUGUUUAGAAGAGGGCUGUCAGGCGAGUCCUCUUAUGUGUUGUGUCUGCAAAGAAUACGGGAAGCAUCAAGGUCAUAAGCAUUCUGUCUUGGAACCAGAAGCAAACCAGAUUCGUGCAUCCAUUUUAGACAUGGCCCACUGUAUAAGAACUUUCACAGAAGAAAUCUCAGAUUAUUCCAGAAAAUUAGUUGGAAUUGUUCAGCACAUAGAAGGAGGAGAACAAAUAGUUGAAGAUGGAGUUGGAAUGGCCCAUACUGAACAUGUACCAGGGACUGCAGAGAACGCUCGCUCAUGUGUCCGAGCCUAUUUUUCUGAUCUUCAUGAAACCCUUUGUCGUCAGGAGGAAAUGGCUCUUAGUGUUGUUGAUGCUCAUGUGAGAGAGAAGUUGAUUUGGCUUAGGCAACAGCAAGAAGACAUGACCAUCCUCUUGUCACAAGUUUCAACAGCUUGCCUUCAUUGUGAAAAGACUUUACAACAGGAUGACUGCAGAGUAGUGUUGGCCAAACAGGAAAUCACAAGAUUGCUAGAGACAUUACAGAAACAGCAGCAGCAGUUUACGGAACUUGCAGAUCACGUACAGCUGGAUGCUAGCAUACCUGUCACUUUUACAAAGGACAACAGGGUACAUAUUGGACCAAAAAUGGAAAUUCGGGUUGUCACUCUGGGAUUAGACGGAGCUGGCAAAACAACUAUUUUGUUUAAGUUAAAGCAAGAUGAAUUCAUGCAGCCAAUUCCAACAAUAGGUUUUAAUGUUGAAACAGUGGAGUACAAGAAUUUGAAGUUUACUAUUUGGGAUGUAGGAGGGAAGCACAAAUUGAGGCCCUUGUGGAAACACUAUUAUCUCAAUACACAAGCGGUGGUGUUUGUUGUUGAUAGCAGUCACAGAGACAGGGUCAGUGAAGCACACAGUGAACUUGCAAAAUUAUUAACAGAGAAGGAAUUGCGCGAUGCCUUGCUCUUGAUCUUUGCUAAUAAACAGGAUGUAGCAGGUGCACUUUCAGUAGAAGAAAUCACAGAACUGCUGAGUCUUCACAAGCUCUGCUGUGGCCGUAGCUGGUAUAUUCAGGGUUGUGAUGCCCGAAGUGGUACAGGACUUUAUGAAGGAUUGGACUGGCUUUCAAGGCAGCUAGUGGCUGCCGGUGUACUUGAUGUGGCUUAAUUUCACAGUAGAUGCAAUUCAAGGUUGUCGUUUACUGUUUUGUUUUAUUUGCACGAUUUAGGAUGUUGUAGCCAGCUCUGCUGUAUGAAAGGGGACUUUAUUUAACUUGGUGGUUACAGAAAAAUACAAGCCUUUAUCCUAGAUUGGAUAAUUG